CAUGGGCCAAGAGGCACGUUGUGCAAUACAGGAGCCUGAGCGCAUCCCCAGCCUUGGUGCUCCCAGAGGAAUCCCUGGAGCUGCUGCUCUCAGCAGCUGGUUCACCCACCUGCCCAGGCUGCCCCCCAGCCAGCAGCCCGGGAGCAGGGGGAGGGAAGCGAAGCCACAGCAACGGGCAGCCAGAGGCCAAACCUCCACCUUCCCUUCACCUCACACGGAGCAAGUGUUGAAAGAACAUCCUCCUGUGAGCGAGGGGACACCCAGCAGGGCCAUGGCCACGGCCCCAGGAGCCCGGGACGGGCAGCGGGAGCAGCCGCCGUGUCGGGAGCUGGAGCCCCCCAGGGCCCCGCCGCUGCCAGGGAAGACUCAGAGGGCCAUCGUCACCCGCUGCAGCAGCCUGGACGCGGCUGUCCCCAUGCCAGACAGCCCGGAGGGAUGCCCACCUCGCCCCCCAGCCUCAGCCCUCAUCUACAGCAACGUGGGACAGCUGAGGGCCCACCUCGUGCCCCGCAAGGCCAGCCGAGGCGAAGGAGCCGGGAGAAGCCCCUCGCAGCCCGAUGAGUGUCCCCUUCCCCCUCCUCUGCCCAAGAAGCAGCUCCAGCGAGCAGAGUCUCUCCCAGAGAAGGGCCCAUCCCAGCACCGCCACAGCAGCCCCCCGCCACGGGCUGGCAGCACCCUCUGCGGCAUCCCCCCACCCCGGCUGCAGCAGCACGAGGGGGCUCCCAGCGCCGUGCCCACGCGGGACGGACCCUCCUGGGCACCCAAGAAGCCCCUGACCAAGUCCCAAAGCCUGGGGGAGGCGGCCGGGAGCCGGCGGCAGGAGCUGACGUUCGGGACGGCUGACGGGGAGCUGGGGCAGGCGCUGGGCGGCGCGGGGCCGCGGGAGCUGCUGCCCGGCUGCUGCUGGGCCGCGCUGGGCCGGCUCUCGGCUCGCAUCCAGCAGCGGCUGCUGGGGCCGGAGCGGCGGCGGCUGCGGGCUGAGCUGGCGGGGAAGGGCUGGGCAGCGCUGCGUGUGCUGGGCCGGGAGCCGUGCUGCCACAGCAGGGACGCCUGGUACUUCCCUGUGGGCUUCACCUUCGAGCGGAGGCAGCUGGUGCUGGCGGCCAAGGUCCCCAAGCCGUGCUGCACCAGCCUGGAGGUGCAGAGCUCCCUGGGAGCACACUGCAGCAUCCAGAGCCUGAUCAGCCACUUCACAGAGCAGCUCCCUGAGGAACUGGUGCUGCCUGGGGAGCUGAGUCCAUCCCCUUCCUCAGAGCAACCAGCCCAGCUGGCCACACGUCCUGUCCUGCAGGUCUUCAUCUCUCCUGAGGUUCCCUACCAGACCCUGGCAGGCUUUGUGAGGGGAUCCCAGAGCCUGCACAGGACCAGCCCUGGGCACUACGAGCGCCUGGCUUGCCUCCUCCUCCUGCAGGUGUGCAUGGGGCUGGAGCACCUGCGGCUGCAGAACGUGGGCCAAGGGGACCUCUGCCUCGAGAACCUGCUGCUGGUGCAGUGCCCGUGUUCUCCCCAGAGCCAGCAAGGCAAGGAGGCAGCCCUGGGGCUGUCCCUUCCCAGGCUGCUCAUCAGCAGCUUCUUCAAGGUUGAAAGCAAGCAAAGGGCUUGUUCUACCAGCCAGGAGCAGGACUGGACCGAGGGGUUUGCUGCAUCCCCCUCCCUGGCGGCAGAUGAGCUGAAUGUAGGCAUGCUGAUCUAUCAGAUCUUGCACGUGGACAUCUCCCUGGAGAAGGCUUUGGGCCCUAGAAGCAACAGAGCUCCUGAAAUCCCCUCCCUGUCCAUCUAUUCCACGGGACUCAAGCGUCUGGCCACGCUGCUCCUCCAGAGAGACCCCUGCAAGAGGGUGUCCAUCGAGCAGGCCAGGAGCAUCCUGCAGGUGCUGCUCUGGGGGCCCCGCCAGGAGCUCUUUGCAAGGAGCAAAAAGACCCUCCCCCUGCUCCGGAGCUGGGUGGAGCUGAAGAGGGCUCUGCUGCUCCUGAGGUUUGCAGAGGAUUCAGCUGGGGCAGCGGGGAGCCCUGGCCUCGAGGACUGGCUGUGCUGCCAGUACUUCAAGGAGGUCACUGAACACACGCUCUGCCAGGUCACCCAGGCUCUCUACACUCCCUAAAGACAAGGCAGAGUUCACAGCCCUCCCUACAGGUCUCCUCAAAGCCAAGAGCCCACCAGGACCUGGCCAAAUCCAGCAGCUCACAGGGAACCCAGGCUGGUCCUGGCAGGGAAAGCCCCAUUUGCAGACCCAGACCAGCACAUGGAUGCCAAAGCUGGGGCCAAACUCCCACACCAGAGGUUGUGUUUUACACCCUCGACAGAGUUGUGUUUGGCACUGUGAGCCCAGCUUAUUAGAGCAUCUCUGGAAGGAUGGUGGGAUGGAAACUGCAGCAUCAAGCACCAGUUUAGUGGCUGAUUAUCCCAUUGAUGAGGCUUAGACUGUGCACAGAACCCCCCCAGCUCCUCCCACUGUUAAAUAACAGCACAAAGCCAGGCACCCAGCUCACCUUAAUGCACCCUCAGCAAAGCAGAAACACAAUACCUUGCACUGGGUGCCCUUUCUUAAGAGCCAGUCUGUGGCACAGUCACAAAUACCAGUGACAUUUUAAAGGGGGAAACACAGCAGCCACACAGCUUCAAUAAAA